GUCAUUAAUAAAAACGUCUCUCUCACAUGUUAUAAUUUGUAUUUUUGUUGAAAACAAAUUGAAAAAUACCCACAAAUUAAAACUAACGCUUUUAAGUACAUAUUAAGAACUAUCAGUUAGUACAUUUAAAGCAAAAUGGCGCGCGGUAAAGAAAAGAAAAAACGCAAGUUGGAGAAGAAGCAAGAAGGUGACGAUGUACCCAAAAAAGUGCCUCAUACUUUGGAGUCAUUACGAGAAAAAGAUGAAACUAUGCUUGCUAAUGUUGAGGCAGACGAGCAGGAUGAGGCACAAAAAGACAUGGAACUCGAUGAACUAUCAUCAUACUACGAAAACUCAUAUGAACCAAAAGUUCUUAUUACAUAUUCGGACAAUCCUCACACAAAAACUAGGAUAUUUGGUAAAGAACUUAUGAGGAUAAUACCUAACUCUAUAGCUAGGUAUCGACAGAGAUCAUCAGUGAAACGGAUAGUCCAGUCCGCAAUCCGCGAGCAAGUGACAGAUGUGAUUAUAGUGAAUGAGAAUCAGAAACAGCCCAACGGUUUCCUCCUCAUCCACCUUCCUAAUGGACCCACGGCACACUUCAGGCUUUCCAGCUGCAAGAUUACACCUGAGUUGAGGAAGGAUUAUAAGGAAAUAACCAAUCAUAGGCCUGAGGUGAUACUAAACAACUUCAGCACGCGUCUCGGUCUGACGGUGGGCCGCAUGCUCGGCGCGCUGUUCCACUACGAGCCGCAGUUCCGCGGCCGGCGAGCUGUCACCUUCCACAAUCAGCGGGAUUAUAUUUUCUUCAGGCAUCAUCGAUAUGAGUUCACAUCAGACGGCAAGAGGGCGAAGCUCCGCGAGCUCGGGCCGCGGUUCACUCUCAAGUUAAUAUCGCUUCAGCAAGGCACGUUCGACUCGAAGCGAGGGGACUACGAAUGGAUUAUAGCUGGGAGACGGCACCAGCUCGAAACAUCGAGGAGAAAGUUCUUUUUGUAGAAAUAUAUUUUUUGCUUUUAA